CUCGCCCGGUGCUGGUGAGGGCUGAAAGCUCCGCCGCCGCCUCCUCCUCCUCUCACUCGACGAUUCCCCGCUCGCCGCUGCAUGGCUGACAUGGAAGACGAACUCAAGUGCCCGGUCUGCGGCUCCUUCUACCGCGACCCCAUUAUCCUACCGUGCUCUCACAAUGUGUGCCUGCCGUGUGCGCGCACCAUCAUGGUGCAGACUCCCGAGGCAGAGCCACCGUCGCCCCAGGGCCGCCCGCCAGCCUCCGACUACGACUACCUGGACGUGGACAAGAUGAGCGUGUACAGCGAGGCGGACAGCGGCUACGGCUCCUACACCAGCUUCGCGCCGCCCGUCUCCAACCAAAAGUCUCCGAACGGGGUGCGGGUCUUCCCGCCUGCGCCGCCGCCGCCGCUCCGCCACUCCAGUCUGACAUGCCCGCAGUGCCACCGCAGCGCGCUGCUGGAGGAGCGCGGCCUCCGCGGCUUCGCCAGGAACCGUCUGCUCGAGGCCAUCGUCGGCCGCUAUCAGCAGAGCCGCUCGGUGGCUGUCCGCUGCCAGCUGUGCGAGCGCAACCCGCAAGAGGCGGCCGUCAUGUGCGAGCAAUGCGACGUCUUCUACUGCGAGCCGUGCCAGCGGCGCUGUCACCCGGCCCGCGGGCCCCUGGCCAAGCACCGUCUCCUGCCGCCCGCCCAGGGCCGUGCGGCCGGCAAACCCGCGCCUCGCAAGAUCUCCACCUGCACCGAACACGAACUGGAGAACUACAGCAUGUACUGCGCCAACUGCAAGAUACCUGUGUGCUACCAGUGUCUGGAGGAAGGCAAACACAGCAAGCACGACGUGAAGGCACUGGGAGCCAUGUGGAAGCAGCAUAAGGCCCAACUAUCUCAAGCAUUAACUGGUGUUUCUGAUAAAGCAAAGGAGGCCAAAGAGUUUUUAGUGCAUUUGAAAAACAUGGUACAACUAAUUCAGGAGAAUGGUGUGGAAUUUGAAGCUUGCCUUGUGGCGCAGUGUGAUGCACUUGUUGAUGCAUUAAAUCGUCAAAAAGCAAAAUUGCUUACACGAGUGACCAGGGAGCGAGAGUUUAAAUUAAAGGUUGUUCGGGACCAGAUAAGCCACUGUACUUUGAAGCUUCGUCAGACGACUGGUCUCAUAGAGUACUGCUUAGAAGUAUUGAAAGACAAUGACUCCAGUGGAUUCCUACAGAUUUCAGAUGCACUAAUCAAGCGUGUGCAAGUGUCUCAGGAGCAGUGGGUUAAAGGAGCUUUAGAACCCAAAAUAAAUCCUGAAUUUGACCUAACACUCGACAAUAGCCCAUUACUGCAGUCAAUUCACCAGCUGGACUUUAUUCAGAUGAAAAUGCCCCCUGUGCCAAUUCUACAACUGGAGAAAUGUUGUACCCAUAACAAUAAUGUCACACUUGCAUGGAAGGCACCUCCACUAAACCAGACUCAGAUUGAAGGCUAUAUCUUAGAACUUGACGAUGGAAAUGGUGGACAAUUUCAAGUAAGUUGGUCAAGAAUAUAUGUAGAGAAAAAUGAACAGAAUGUUUUUUGCAUUACAAGAGCUGAUAAAUUUGUAGGAUGUUUACUUUUAAAUAAACUGACUGAGGAUGCAGUCGAGCAGCCGCCGCUCGGCCUCGCCGGUAUCGCGUUCACCCAUUGCCUGCCCUUCCCCCUUGUCACCCCGACGUUUUACGUCAGUCGUCGCACUCUCAGAUGUCACUACGUUUUCGACGUCAGGCCAUCAAGCCGAGGAGGGACAUACGCCACGUGGGGCGGAGAGAGCUUCGCUGACGUCUUCUCAUCGGCGGGCGCUGUCCCACGAGGGGGCGGAGCUUAUUGUUGGGUUUGGGUAGCGGUUGGCGGGGGCGGAGCCUGUGCUGACUCGCGGGAGGAAGAAAGGCGAUUGGUUAUUCGUGGGAGGACAGUGGGCGGAGCUUGCGGCAGCUCGAGGGGAGACGACAAAGCGAUUGGUUGGUUGCGAGGAUGGUGGGCGGAGCCGCGGCCUGCCGGGCUGGUGGUUUGCCUUUUGGCUGGUGCUUGGUGA